CAAAGCAAAAUGGCAGUCCGUUUCAUUGUUUUCUUCAGCGCCAUUAUCGUCCUGGCUCAAGGAUCGAAUAUUCUGCCCAUCGAAGAGGAGUCGGAGGUGGCUGUCCACUCUGGAGUCGUUUCGCCUGGAGCUCCUGUGGCCAUCGUUUCGCAAGGACAUCCAUCUGUGCACCAGCCCAUUGCUCCAGUCUACGGUCACGGCUCACUCCCAGCUCCAGUGGCAGUUGGAGGAGCUCCUCGCGGAAUCGGAUCAGGAUUGGCUGGCCCUCGUGCUUAUGGCCCUCGUCCUGCUGUGUCCUACGGUCGUCCUGCCGCCGUGGUCGUUCCCGCUGUUGUGGUUGCCCCAGUGGCUCCCAUUCGCCAGCCUCAUGGAGUGGCUGCCCCUGUUCUUGUGGGAGCUGGUCAUGGAAACGUGCACGGUCGCCAUCACGGCUAA